AUGUCGAGGUGUGUCUGGGCGUUGGUGGAUGAUGAGAUCACCGAGCACGUGUCACACUCGGAAGAUGUCGACGCGAGAUCAUGGUUGUCCAAUAUGAUCGCGACGUUGAAGUGUGAUGACCAAGUUAGGGUUUUUAUCACUCUGUGGGCGAUUUGGCACGCCCGACGAAAGGCUAUACAUGAGCAGCUGUACCAAAGUCCAUUGUCGGUGCAUUGUUUUGUGGAGAACUUCAUUGCCGAUCUAAAGCAGGGUGAAGAGAAGGAGAAGAGGAACCAAGGGGGGCGGAGGGAACAACACAUCCCCGCUUGGGUUCCACCACCUCCUGGAAUGAUCAAGAUAAACGUAGACGCGGCCGUGGGAAAGAACUCAGGCCGCGGAACGGUGGCCGCGGUGGCAAGGAAUGAUAGUGGACUCUUUUUGGGGGCUUCUGCUGUUGUCUUUCCUGGUCGCACGGUAGCGGAGACAUUGGAAGCGUUGGCAUGCAGAGAAGCCAUCGCUUUGGCUCGAGACCUAGAUGCUCGUCAGGUAUGUGUGGCGAGCGACUGCCAGAAUGUUAUCAGAAGUAUGGAGGAGGGAACGAUGGGUAGCUACGCCCACAUUGUGCGGGAGAUCACCGAGUCGAGGAGGGAGUUUGCUGAACUCGUGUUUCGCUAUGAAGGAAGAAGAACAAAUAAGGAGGCUCAUAAUUUGGCUAGAAGCGUAGUUUAUGCCGACCAAGGUCGGAGUGUUUGGUUUUUCAAUCCGCCUGAUGGUUGUGGUAUUCCUGUAUCUGUUACGGAUUAA